GCGGGUAACGUCACGGGGUGGCUCAGAUCACGUGCUGUUUAAAUGGCAAGAUACCCCCCUGUCAGGCCGAGAGCGCUAUAAACUGUGGACUUCCUCUUGGCACGACAUCUAUUCAGUGUGUCCUAAUGUUUACAUCCGGUCGCCUCUAUAACUACUCUGAGUCAGCUAGCAACAAGCAACUCGUUUGCUCAAGGCUCGGUUGUUUUGAGCACCUUGCACCUGUUAACUGUCUGCCAAAACAAGGAUGUGGGGGAUUGUAGUCCAGCAUGUGCAUAGUUACAGGUUAAAGCUCCACUAUGUAACCAAACGAAUAUUUGUAAACACCUCACCCCUCUGGAUUGUGUGUCCUGUUGGCACUGGUUUGGUCUUGAUUUACUAAUUUUACUUUCUCUAUGACAAUAGUCUUCUGCUAAUAGUGGUUACAAACUGCAGUGAAUUGGUAGUGCUAGAUGCGCUUCUGGUUCGGUUGUAAGUUUGGUGCCCAAGGAAUUCCUGCCAACAAUGGCAGAGGAUUUAGAUUCAAUGAAGCCAAGCCAAGCUCCCCAGGAGCCAUCACUCCGGCAAGGGAGCAGCAAGACUUACCGCAGUGUGGAACACUCUCAAGCGCUCCUGAGUGGCCUGGUAGGGCUUAGAGAUAGUGGAAUCCUGUUUGACGUGGUCCUGAAAGUGGAAGGGAAGUGUAUAGAGGCUCACCGCAUCCUCCUGGCUGCAUCCUGUGAUUAUUUCAGGGGAAUGUUUGCAGGAGGACUUAAAGAGAUGGAACAAAAGGAAGUGCAAAUACACGGCAUCUCAUACAGUGCCAUGUGCCGAAUUAUGGAUUUUAUUUACACCUCGGAGCUGGAACUAAGUGUUAACAAUGUGCAGGAGACCCUUACUGCUGCUUGUCAACUGCAGAUCUCUGAAGUUAUCCAGUUUUGCUGUGACUUUCUAGUAUCUUGGGUGGAUGAGGAGAAUGUGUUAGAGUUGUAUAAACUAGCUGACAUCUUCCACCUGAGCCGGCUUACCGAACAGCUGGACACAUUUGUACUGAAAAACUUUAUCACUUUCUCCCAAACUCAAAUGUAUCGACAGCUGCCUUUAGACAAGGUGAAUUCUUUGCUUAACAACAACAGAUUGGAGGUGGCAUCUGAGAAUGAAGUGUAUGAGGGAGCUUUGCUUUACCACUACACCCCUGAGCAAUUAGAAAAUGACCAAGUAAGCUUGUUUGAGUCUCCGAAGCUCCUAGAGGCUGUGCGCUUUCCACUGAUGGAUCUUGCAGUACUGCAGAGACUACAUGAUAAGUUGGGACUGUGCCCUCUUAAAACAACAGUGUUGAAAGCUUUGGAGUAUCACAGAAAUGAGAGCAUGCAGCCAGUCCUGCAGGGUCCCAACACCCAGCUGCGCUCUGAAUUCCACUGUGUGGUGGGUUUCGGGGGUAUGUACUCUGCCCCCUACACGGUCCUUAGUGAUCAGGUCAAGUACUUGAAUCCUCUGAUGGGUGAAUGGAGGCCACUAACAGCACCUCAUGCACCACGUAUGUCCAAUCAGGGCAUUGCUGUGCUCAAUAACUUUGUCUAUCUUAUUGGGGGAGAUAACAAUGUGAGGGGAUUCAGAGCAGAAGCACGUUGUUGGAGAUAUGACCCGCGACAUAACCGUUGGUUCCAGAUACAGUCCAUGCAGCAGCCACGUGCAGAUUUGUCUGUUUGCUUGCUGGGGGAUUUCUUGUAUGCUGUUGCAGGCAGAGAUUACCGUGAUGAGCUGAAAGAGGUAGAGAGGUACGAUCCAUUUACCAACACCUGGGAGUAUGUGGCACCACUCCAGAAACAGGUACAUGCACAUGCAGCAGCUGCUUUGGAUGGAAAGAUGUAUGUAGCUUGUGGCAGAAGAGGAAAUACCUAUCUAAAGGACGCUUUCUGUUAUGAUCCAGAGAGGGAUCAGUGGGCAAGUGUAGCCUUAAGCCCAGUUAGAAGAGCCUGGCAUGGCAUGGCAGCACUUCUAGAAAAGAUCUAUGUCAUUGGUGGGAGUAACGAUGAAGAAGGGUACCGACAGGAUGUCUUAGAGGUUGCUUGUUACAGUCCUAAAACAGAUCAGUGGACUCUUGUGAGCCCACUUUCUGCAGGGCAUGGUGAACCUGGCAUUGCAGUCCUAGCCAACAAAAUCUAUGUUUUGGGUGGAAGGUCACACAAUCAAGGGGAUCGAACAGACUAUGUUCAUGUGUAUGAGGCAGAAAGAGACUUCUGGGAAGAUGGUCCAAGGCUGGAAGAUGAUAUUUCAGGAAUGGCUGCUUGUGUCCUCACCUUGCCCAGGUCUGUGCUUACGGAUACUGAUGUCUGGACUCAGGAGAUGUACAUGCAGUGCAUGGACCCUGUGCAACAUUUGGCUGACAAUGUUUCUGAAGUGAUGAGUUUGUCAGACUGGGAAGACUUGGAUAAUUCUGGUGAGGACUGAGAUCUUGCCUUUCUCGUGUGUAAAUGGCAUUGUACAUGGACUAAUUCCUCUUAUUCGGACUGCCUUUCAAGAGCAUCUGGCACCUUUGCAAAGUACAUGUUCUUUCAUGAGACAGUUUGGAAAGUGUAGGGAUUAAAGUCUUUGUGCACCAAAUGCCCUGUUAGCUCUGAUUUUAUUUGCACCAAAUAAGAGCCUUCAAGACUUACAUCUUCAUGCAGAAAUCCCAUUUCCAGGUCUACUUGGGCCGGUCUGGCUGUUGCUGUUGGACCAUACUGAAAUAGCGACUCCAUGAACUGAGAAAAGAUCUCCUUAAUCUGCUAUGAGGAUAUGACUUGUUGCACAAUAUUUCAAAAACUUGCCAAAUGUACAAAAAUGGAAUUGUGUUUCGCUUUAUAAUUGUAAGUCAGCACAAUUGUCUUUUGCAUAAGCAAGUGCACAGGGUUGGAGAAGGUAGGGCACCAGAGAAUGCAGGA